AUGCGGGAAAAUGCGGUUACCUGUAGAGAGCACCAGAGAAAUAAAUGACUGAGUGGUAUGAACGCAAAUCUCUCUCUUGAAUAUUCGGCAAAAACCGUAGGCGAAAAAGACCAAAACGUAAGGGAGGGGUGGAGCAAGGCGUGCAAAAGCAAUGGGCGUUGAAAGAUUUGAAAGCGGUUUCGCUCCAAAUAUAAAUUCCAUUGACGCUUGGGUUCUCAGAAUCGCCUGUCUUCCUGACAUCUCCACUUAGCUCUCUUCUUUCCUUUCUGAAACAUAGAAUUUUUCCCUCUUCUGGGCUAUGGCUGGAAUGAAAUUCGUUUUCGGGCUUCUAACCUUCGUCACUGUCGGAAUGAUAGUAGGUGCUUUGUUUCAAUUAGCAUUUAUACGACGAUUGGAAGAGUCAUCUGGUAUUCCUCAUUGGGUUGAUGACAAAGAGGCAGUUGUUUUACAUCUUGGUAUUGUCAAACCUGAAGUACUUAGCUGGUCACCACGAAUAAUACUCUUCCGUAAUUUUUUGAGUAUGGAGGAAUGUGAUUAUCUCAGAGCAAUUGCCCGUCCUCGCCUUAAAAUUUCCAAUGUGGUGGACAGAAAAACCGGGAAGGGAGUUAAAAGUGGCGUGAGAACAAGUUCUGGUAUGUUUUUGAGUCCAGAAGAACGAAAAUAUCCAAUUAUACAGGCAAUUGAGAGACGUAUUUCUAUUUACUCACAAAUACCUGAAGAGAACGGAGAGCACAUCCAAGUUUUAAGGUAUGAAAAGAAUCAGUUUUACCAGCCACAUUAUGAUUUUUUUUCAGACCCCUUUAACGUGCAGCGUGGAGGUCAACGAAUUGCAACCAUGCUCAUGUAUUUGACUGAUGAUGUCGAGGGAGGGGAAACAUACUUUCCUCUGGCUGGAUCUGGGGAAUGUACCUGUGGGGAAAAGACAGUGACAGGGUUGUGUGUAAAACCAAUCAAAGGAAAUGCAGUGCUGUUCUGGAACACGGGGCUAGAUGGAGAGGGAGAUCUGUAUAGCCAACAUGGAGGAUGCGAAGUAGUGGGAGGAGAGAAGUGGUCAGCUACAGUUUGGAUGAGGCAGGGAUCAGUCACAUUUUAAUUCGAAAUAUCCUCUCUUCCUACCUGUCCUCACAGCAAUCAUAAAAUAUAUAUCUAGGUCUAAUUUCAAAUAGGCUCCUCUGAUGUGUACAUGCAACAAUAAUGAGUAAUGCAAUAGUGUUUCAUUUUUA